UGUCCAUGAGCUCGCCUUCCCCGUUCGCUAGAAGCACGUUCGAUGACUCCACUCGAUUAUCCCAUCGAGCCCAAACGAUUGAAGAAAUGUACAGUGUCCCCGAGAGUUUCUUGGAGAUAGAAGUGCGGAACCCCCAAACCCAUGGCUACGGACGGAAAAUGUUCACUGACUACGAGAUCGUCUGCAGAACCAACAUUCCCGCAUUCAAACUUCGACACUCCAGCGUUCGUCGCAGGUAUAGCGACUUUGAAGCCUUCCGUGAUAUCCUCGAGCGCGAAUCAACCCGUGUCAACAUACCCCCACUUCCCGGAAAAGUUUUUACCAACCGCUUCUCCGAUGAGGUCAUCGAGACACGGCGCGAAGGCCUAGAGAGGUUCUUGAGCAUCGUUGCUGGACACCCACUUCUGCAGACUGGCAGCAAAGUGCUUUGUGCUUUCAUACAGGAUCCUGCUUGGUCUGCCAAUGAGUGGUCCUAGAUUAUUCCCGUCUUGCCGUCUAUAUCUGUUGGAUGGUGCCUCCUGUAUUCCAGAUUCCUCCGUAUUUUGGCGACUGUUGAUUUUCCUCACCACCCUGACUCUGAAGCUUGACUUUGUAGAUAUACUCUCCUAAAUUUAUGGCAUUUACUGGACCUCCGCAGCGUCAUACCAGGAGUCUAAACAGCAG